GAAGAAGAGAAAGACGUCACAGUGAAAGAAGAGGAAGAGGCAUUCAGAGUGAAAGAGGACGAUGUUACAGUAAAAGAAGAGGAGGAAGAGAACGAGGCGGAUGGGGAGAUUACGCUCACAUCGGAAGAGGCAGAAGAGGAGGGUUCGUGAUCAUCGACAGGGCGACAGCGACUUCGAAGAGGAAACAACUGUCCUGGAUGAGGUCCAGUUGGAUGUGCCAUUGGAUGAUGUACCAGAUGUUCCACAGCUGCCAGUCCUCCUUGAUGUCCAGAAUGCUGCUAUCAUCCUUGAGGAUGUGCCAGAUGUGCAGACUAUCAUUGAGGAAGCCACUGGCAAUUGGCAGUUGAUUCCGAUUAGGUUCAGCCCCCUGGUUAAAGCUUGGAGAACUUUCCAGUUCAUCAGCCCCAUCAUCACCUACUUGCGUGGGGGAUCCCAGCAGGUGGUGGUGAGGAUGCACCACGUGAGUAGGAUGAGAGGCCUGGAGACUCAACUGGUGUGGGCCAUCUCCAAGGAGACAGCCAGACUUAGUCCAGAGGGCAUCCCCUACUGUGCCACCAAAGUGCAGUCCAUCACUUGGAUCCAGCGUUUGGCUGGCAGGGUGACCCACUAUGCGUCUCACCUCCGCCACGAGACGUCUGUGGGCGUGACGCUUGGCUGCUACCAGCAGACUGAUGUCUCAGUGGUGUACACCACUCUCCACAUGGGGCUGGAUGGGCUUCUCUCCUCUUCAGCGUGGUCGGAGGCUGCCUCCUUCUCUACUCCCACCACUCAGCAGUUCACUGACCCAGAGCCUGAGGGCCACAAAUGCUAUGAGGGCUGGGAGGAGGACCUGCUGCCUGAAGAGAGGGAGGUUCCUCUGCUAAACCUCUACCUUACCACCAAGAGAGUGGAGGACAUCGCCCUGAGGCUCGUCUCCCUGCGCCAGGCCUUCACUACCCUGCUUGGUUCCACCCUGAGCAGGAACCAUCUGUUUGUGGCGGGAAAGGUCCUCCUGGGCGCACUGGUUCAGGCAAGCCACAUGGACGAGGCCAAGUUCAUCCGUACCUAUAAUGACUUUGUGGACUACCUGAGUGAGCCCUCCAAGCGGAAUGAUAUUGAGAGGGAGCUGGCUGAGGCAAAGAUCCAUCAUGUGAACAUGAUAGAUGUCCUCUUUGAGCUGGUGCUGUUUGGGAUGAUGACAACUCAGAAGUCCCUGAUGGUGCACCCUGGUGGGUUCGUGGAGCGUCUGUACGCUCUCCUGUACUCCUUCCUGCCCACUGCUGCCAACAUGGAGCCAGAGGCUGACAGAUACCUGCUGCUGCUCAAUGUAAGAGUCAAGAGGUUACUUCCUGUUUACUUCCAUAUUCUUAGUGUACUUCCUUUUUUACUUCCUUAUUCAUGGUUAACCAGGUUCCAAUGCCAUUUUAGGGAGAGUAUUUCUAAUUGUCUCUCUCCUCUUGAUAAGCUAGUAACUCAGAGCCAUUUUCUAUGUGUUGUGUGGUGUUCUUUUCAGGGCGGGCUGAUGGCUCUGCUAGAUGACAUGUUUGGCCAGCAGCUGGCCUGGUACUUUAACCCAGAGUCUCUGGUCACUGAGCUCUCCAGCCUCCUGGAGUACCACUUGGAGAACCUCAUGGCCAGCAUGUAGUCCUACUGCAGGGACCAUACACCUUUCUCCUUCUCUCUCUCUUUUGAAGGAAAUGAGGACUUGAAGUGCUUUGUUGAACCCUGAUUAGUUAACACCCAUUAAUUUAAUGUAUUCUCUUGUUUUCUCUCCCCACAGGAUUCUUGUGACACUUUACCACCCAACAGGGAUCUAGACACCAAUGCACUACAUUACUUUGCACUGAAUUUGACAUUUUUAAAUAAAAUAAG